AUUCGCUUGGAAUGUUGGACAAAGCUGAUAUGAUUUAUUUUAUUGCAGAAAGAAUCGUAUUUUUGCUCAGAGUAACGAUACCAUGCAGGGUGAACGGAGAAGCGAGAUCCACGCAAUGAUGAGUGUACAGUGAAUUCAUCCAGUGUUUUUUUUACAUAAUUAAAAGCAGUGUACUGCUUUAUCAGCUGUUUUAUAUAUAUAUACAAGAAAUGCAGGCUUAUAUGAUGCAUGAAGAUGAAAAGAACCUUCGAAUUAGACAUCACAUGUAAUUAAGAUGUACAUGUAGGUACACAUUUUCUUAUGUCUAAGCACUCACAUGUUCAGAAACACCUGAUGACAAAUGCUGUGUGCAACGAUCACCACCGCUUGAACAAAAAGAAACAACUCUUCAUGGAGACCUACAAUGACAAGUUAGCAGAACAACUAUUUCUCCGACAAAAAGACUAUCAAUAUAUGGUCUUUCAAUAGCAAGUUAUAAAAGCACAGACAAUAUUGUAUAUAUUAAAGGCCAUCAUCUCAUCACACCGUGUUGUUUAUUAGAUCAUAUGUAUAGUAGCUUUUAACAUCAUGGCACGAAGUACACUGAGAGGAUCAAAGCAUUACAUGUGGGAUAUCACAAAGAUGCUGGGCCAAGGUGCUACAAGUAAAGUCUAUCGUGGCAGAAACAAGAUCACAGGUGAAGAGGUAGCGGUGAAGGUUUUUACUUCAGCCGCUGCCCUAAGACCCUUCGAGGUGCAAAUGAGAGAAUACUCCCUUAUGAAAAAGAUGGAUCACAUGAAUAUUGUAAAGAUGCAGGACUUGGAACAAGAGACUGGAACUGAUAAUAAAGUAAUCGUGAUGGAACUUUCUACCUGUGGAAGUCUCUAUAGUAUGCUGGACGAUCCCAAAAAUGCCUAUGGAUUAGAGGAGACAGAGUUUCUACUGGUGUUAAACCAUGUUGCACAGGGAAUGAAAUAUCUUCAUGAGAAAGACAUUGUACAUCGUGAUGUUAAGCCAGGGAAUAUUCUGUGUUAUAAAGGAGAGGAUGGAAGAUUUGUAUUCAAGUUGACCGACUUUGGGGCAGCAAAGGAAUUGCAGUAUGAGGAAGAACAGUUUGUGUCCUUAUAUGGUACAGAGGAGUAUUUGCAUCCAGAUAUAUAUGGUUGUGCUGUCAUGCGAGACAAAAAUAAGGAGAAAAUCUUUGAUGCCACUGUGGACCUUUGGAGUUUGGGAGUCACAAUCUUUCAUGCAGGGACUGGGCGACUACCAUUUCGUCCAUUUGGAGGGCGAAAGAACAGAGUAACCAUGUAUGAAAUAACAAAAAACAAAGAACCUGGGUACAUCUCGGGAAUUCAGCAAUCUGAGAAUGGAAAGAUCGAGUGGAGUAAAGAACUACCUAUGACUUGUCGACUAUCUCUAGGAUUGAAGAUGUUCCUUACUCCAAUAUUGGCUGGCUUGUUGGAACGAAACGACAGAUAUAAAUUAUCCUUUGGAGAUUUCUUCUCAAAAGUAGACAAAUUGAUGUCAAAGAUAGUUAUUCACACCUUCAGUCCAAACACAUGGAUGCAUAUGAUGAUAUAUAUAGAUGGAAACAGCAAAAUCACCACAUUACAGGAUUGUAUCGCAGAGCAGAGUGACAUAGCUAUUCAGGACCAGGUGCUCAUUCAUGAUGGGGAUCUCUUGAAAAACAUUGUCGACAAUAUGACACCUGUUAAGCAGUAUCCAAAGUCUGUUUUUUGUGAAAAGACUCCAAUAUUUGUGUUUACAAAACAUUCUGAUGAUCUGAGAACUUUUCCCAAAUCCUGGUGUCCCGACUUUCCAAAGUUUGGUAGUAGCAUGAACAUUGCCAAUGACCAGCAGUUGGCUAAAAUGUGCUGUGGAAUACAUUUCUUACUGUGCAAGGAAAUCGGACGAUACCAUAUGAAAAUGGAAUUAGAACGACUUAGUGUUCAGAGCUACAUACAUGAGCUGAAACACGAAUGUUCCCAUUUGUUGAGUUAUGACAAUAGACUACGAGAGCAUUGUGCAUCUGUCCUUACCAUGCUGAAAAACUUCAUACAGGAAUCUCAGCAGAAGAUCAAAAUGCUGAAGGCUGUACACACUGUAGAUCCCUUAAAGCUUGCAGACCUGGAGGAGAAAACAGAAACAAGAACCAAGGAAUUGCAGGCUACAGCAGAUGAGAUUAAAUGUGAUCUCAAGAGGAUCAAGAAAUUUUUAUCAAGUUAUCAGGAGAAGAUCACAAGUAAGGAUCUAGAAAAGAGUUGGGACAAUGGUAUAGGCUGUAAAGAUGAACAGGAUCGAUGCAAGGAGAGACAGGAAGUGACUGUGGAAGUUGUGCAGAGAAUUGUUAGACACUUCAAGGAGCACAAACAAGCUCAGUAUCUGAGUCGCAGUGAGGAGGAUGUACAUGCUUUUGAAAGGAACCAGUUAGAAGAGGCUUGUAUCAAGGCUAAGACCCUGAUAGAGACAUGUGAUAGCCGUGGACAGAGGCAGUAUGAUAUGUUCCACAGAUUUUAUAGCAAAGCAGUGAAAACUAGGGAGGAAAAUGAUUCAUUAGACCAGACCUUGGCAUCUCUAGAGAAAAAAAGGAUAGAAUUUGAGAAGCAUCUUACAGAGGUCGUAGAGGAGUUAGGUCAGAUUUGUAUGGAAGUGUUGGAAAGUACAAGGCCUGAUCCACUCUGUAGCCGCGGAUCCAAAUACAAGACUCGUUCUGAUACUACUAGAGACAUGCGUAGAAAUCUUCUGGAAGAGGCUAAUAUCAGUUUGAAAAGUGGUUUUGAAGAUCUAAAAGAAGAUAUCCAAAGAAAUAGUGACCUGUUAAAGAUGAGUGGUGAAAUUUUAGAAGAACUGAAAAACACAAACCCAAUUGUUCUAAAUGGUGUACAUGAGAAACUACCUGGUUUUGGAGCUAUUUAACUGAACACUGGAGAUUUGGACCAAAUCUUCUGGGAUAAGCUAAGAUAAUGUGAACCAUAAUCACAGCAACAUUGCAGAAAAGUUUUCUUUCAUCCUAACAUACUGACUAAACACUGAUGGGAAAGAUGACAGAGAAAGUGGAGGAAUGCACAAAAGUCACUACAGAUGGAGACAAAAAUGUGCUGAAGAGCAGAAAAUCAGUGCAAGUUGUAUGACCAUCACUUUGGCAUUUGUGAAUACCUGGAGCUCUUAGUGACAUAAGAAAUACAUAAUGUGGUUAAGUAGGGUUGCCUUAAAGACAAGAAGUGGUUUUUAUUUUAAUUUCUACACUGUAGAAUUUUUAUUGUUUGAUUUGUGGUUGUGAUAUUUAUUUAGAAGAAUUGAUCAGCGAGAUAAAUAUUUUAACCAAAACAACCAGGAAAAAUGAAUAUUAAUUUUAUUUGAGUACAUGAAUUGACACACUUUCAGAUUUUAAGAUCCAGAAACAAUCUUGACCAAAGGUAAGAUUUCCUUUUUUUCUUCAAUUUUAAGAGAUUUGAAUGAGGCUUGUAUUCUGUAAAACACUUUAAAUGUUGAGUUGAAAUUUCCUUAUAUUUCAUGAAUUUGUCUGUAUUUUUUAUGUUAUCCAGAAAAAAGACCUUGGAAAAUAAACAACAAUAAAUAAAGUGUAGAUUGAAUAUAUGACUAGGCACAAGUGAUUUCCAACAUGACUACAAACUCAACACUUUAUUGUGUGUAUCUGUAUUUCAGAGUGAAUAAAAACACUGUUAAAAAGGAAGAUAUUACAAUGUCCUUCCAGUUUGUAAAAUUGACCACAUUAUAGAUAUUUCUAUUCCAACUGUAGGUGAUGUACAUUGUGUCCCCAGUGAAAUUACAUCAUUAAUAUUCUGUCUUAGGGGUACAUCUGACAUUGUCAAAAAGAACUGACGCUAUGUGAUUUAUGGAUUGUUAAACUGUUGACAGUUUCAGACAGUCUGUUUGAAAAGUUGAUUUAGACUAGAAAUUUCAAGCUUAAUAUUGAAUUUCUUUACAGCCUUGAAAAUCAUAUAAAGACCAGAAUUACUUUAGAAAUUCAAAAUAAAAUUUUGUUUUUUUUUUUUUUUAAUUUUAAAUGUUUGCUUGAAGUGCUAAUUUUAUAAGAUCAACUAGAUCCGUGCAUUUUUUUUUCAAAAACAGGAGGGCGAAAUAAUAUUUCAUAAUAAGCAAGAUCAAAACACAAUACAUAUAGCUUUGUCCAUCUUUUGUAUGUAUAUAUUUUCAUAUCACUUUAAUACCACUGAAGUUAUGUGGUGUUUGUAAAAGUAUAGCAAAAUGAAUGAGGGAAAAUAAUUAAUUAUAUAGUACACACUAUAACAAGGAUGUUUGUGAUUCUGGGAAUUGUGGGUGUUCUAUUGUAGAUCUGUCAAAUGACUUAAUCAAAUCAGCCUUAUGUUAAAGGAAUACACAUUUAGUUGAAGCAAACAUAAUAACAUGUAUAAGAUAAAACAAGAUCCAACUUCUAGUCCGGUAGAUUUGGUAAUAUUGGGUAGUAUGUGGAAACACGUCAACCAUUAAAACAAGAUCCAACGUCCGGUCCGGUAGAUUUGGUAAUAUUGGGUAGUACGUGGAAACACGUCAACCAUUAAAACAAGAUCCAACGUCCGGUCCGGUAGAUUUGGUAAUAUUGGGUAGUACGUGGAAACACGUCAACCAUUAAAACAAGAUCCAACGUCCGGUCCGGUAGAUUUGGUAAUAUUGGGUAGUACGUGGAAACACGUCAACCAUUAAAACAAGAUCCAACGUCCGGUCUGGUAGAUUUGGUAAUAUUGGGUAGUACGUGGAAACAUGUCAACCAUUAAAACAAGAUCCAACAUCCGGUCCGGUAGAUUUGGUAAUAUUGGGUAGUACGUGGAAACAUGUCAACCAUUAAAACAAGAUCCAACGUCCGGUCCGGUAGAUUUGGUAAUAUUGGGUAGUACGUGGAAACACGUCAACCAUUAAAACAAGAUCCAAUGUCCGGUCCGGUAGAUUUGGUAAUAUUGGGUAGUACGUGGAAACAUGUCAACCAUUAAAACAAGAUCCAACGUCCGGUCCGGUAGAUUUGGUAAUAUUGGGUAGUACGUGGAAACACGUCAACCAUUAAAACAAGAUCCAACGUCCGGUCCGGUAGAUUUGGUAAUAUUGGGUAGUACGUGGAAACACGUCAACCAUUAAAACAAGAUCCAAUGUCCGGUCCGGUAGAUUUGGUAAUAUUGGGUAGUACGUGGAAACAUGUCAACCAUUAAAACAAGAUCCAACGUCCGGUCCGGUAGAUUUGGUAAUAUUGGGUAGUACGUGGAAACACGUCAACCAUUAAAACAAGAUCCAACGUCCGGUCCGGUAGAUUUGGUAAUAUUGGGUAGUACGUGGAAACACGUCAACCAUUAAAACAAGAUCCAACGUCCGGUCCGGUAGAUUUGGUAAUAUUGGGUAGUACGUGGAAACAUGUCAACCAUUAAAACAAGAUCCAAUGUCCGGUCCGGUAGAUUUGGUAAUAUUGGGUAGUACGUGGAAACAUGUCAACCAUUAAAACAAGAUCCAACGUCCGGUCCGGUAGAUUUGGUAAUAUUGGGUAGUACGUGGAAACACGUCAACCAUUAAAACAAGAUCCAACGUCCGGUCCGGUAGAUUUGGUAAUAUUGGGUAGUACGUGGAAACACGUCAACCAUUAAAACAAGAUCCAACGUCCGGUCCGGUAGAUUUGGUAAUAUUGGGUAGUACGUGGAAACAUGUCAACCAUUAAAACAAGUUUUAGUUCUUCUUAAGGAUGUAGUCUGGUCCUCUGUAUUUGAAGUACAAGUUGUUUCCUAAUAGUUUGGUUAUUUUAGAUCAAGGAAACUUACUCAUAAUUAGUUAUUGUGAAAGGGAACUAUAUCAAAAAUUGAUUAUGUACAUAUUGACAUUCAUGUAAAUUUAAUUAUAAUUAUGAUGCAUAGUAAUUACGAAAGAAUUUCUAGGUAUAUUCAUUAUGAACGGAAUGCUUUGUAAGAGAUGGAACUAUCCAUCUAUGAGAUGAGUUUAGGUAAAUCUGAAUUAGAUUUAUUUAAAUGUAUAUGUUUAUUACUAGAGAAAGUUAUGUAAAUGAAGACGUGUUUCAAAAAUUCAUUUUUACAGAAAUGAAUUUGUCCAAUGUUUGAAAUGAAGGACAGAUUAGUAUAGUUUAUAAAUUAAUGAUAAUGAGAUGCUUUUGAUAGUUGCUAUACUGACAUUUUUAAACACUUUAUUUCUUAAAUGUUUCUUGGUGACUAAUUGCUUGAUAUGAUGCCGUUCAUUAAUAACUGUUUAA